AUGUAUGCCACCGAGAGGGACUUGCAUCGCGACCUGCUCGCUCCACGGGCUUCUAUGGGCUCUUCUGCCCCACAACGCCGCCCCGACAGCGCCUAUCCCGUAGUAUUGCCCGCUAUUCUGUAUCUCGCCGUUUUCUUCUACGCCGUCUCGCCAGGAAAGCGAGAAGGUGGCCGUCGAUUUCGCGCACCUGCGGCCGUGUCUGCGAUCUCGCCCCAUAUCUCCUCGCCUCUCUUCGGCAUGUUUGGUGUUUGGCACUUAUGCACCCAGCCAGCCAGACAGGUCUCGCUGCAAGGGCUAGCAAAUACUCCGUACAUGCAGUAG